AAAUUUCAGUGGUAAAGGAUGAAACUCAUCGAAGCACACGACACAGUGAAGUUCCCGGAAGGUGUUACAUUCUCAGUCAAUAAACGGGUGGUCACCGUCAAAGGUCCUCGUGGUGUACUUAAGAGGGAUUUCCGACACUUGCAUAUGGAAAUCGAGAAGAUUAGUAAGAAUACAGUCCGUGUGAGGAAAUGGUUUGGAAUACGGAAAGAAGUCGCUGCUAUUCGCACCGUUUGCUCUCACAUUGAAAAUAUGAUCAAAGGUGUUACUAAAGGAUUCCGAUAUAAGAUGCGGUCGGUGUAUGCCCACUUUCCUAUCAAUAUCUCGCUUCAGGAGAAGAACACCAUCGUUGAGAUUCGAAAUUUUUUGGGAGAAAAAUUUACAAGACGUGUCCCACUUCCGGAAGGUGUUACAGCAAUGAUGUCCGCCACCCAGAAGGACGAAUUGAUCGUUGAUGGCAAUGAUUUACAACUUGUUUCACAAGCAGCUGCACGUAUUCAGCAAUCAACGACAGUAAAGAACAAGGAUAUUCGUAAAUUUUUAGAUGGUAUAUACGUCAGUGAGAAGACAACUAUCGUUGAUAAUUAAAUCAUGCAGUGUUUUAUUUGUUUCUUGUUUUUUUCUAAUGUAAUUGCCAUAAAACUGUUGUAUCAUGCAGUUUUUCUGCCAUAUUGUCUCAAGUUUACGGAAGUUUAGGCGAUUGUUUAAGCUUUGGUCAAUUAAUGCGACCCUGUCGAUCUUUUGAAAGAGUUGGUUUGCUUAACGUUUGCGGAUUUAAUGAAUAUAUUCCGCUAAAUUUUUGAUAUAGUGUUAAAUUUUGG